AUGCAAUUUUCUUCCUCGCUUCUGAUCGCCAUCGUGGCAUUAAUGUCCUCUGCGACGGCAUCGCCCAUCAAAGCUCGCCAAGCCGCCCUUGAGGACUGGCAAGUCACCACUGUCGGCGUAAACGUUCCAUCAGGCCGUCCAGGAAACUAUCCGUGGGCCACAAUCACAGCAGUCAUCACCGACCCGAAUCAGUACAACCUCGGAAACUCAUCCUACAACGGCACGCCAGUCAUCGUUCCGAGUGGCAGCCAGGGUUUUGACUGCAAGGCCGAAUGGUUCAUCGACAGUCCUGUGGGUCGUGCAUGGCCUUGCAAGUCAUCCUCAUAUGCCACCGGCUACUGGUAUAUGCACGUUCUUGAGGGCGACGAUGGCCAGUUCUCACCAUCGAAUUUCAAACUGCAGUUCACGCACAUGCUGAACUUGGUUGUGUAUGGCCAGCAGUUCAGGGCGACGAUUAGGGGACAGACACUUUUCAAGGUCGGUGUAAACAUGGGCGGAACUUGCGGUGGAAGUGGGGUGUGCGGUUGGGGGCUGAAGGCGGAGAGUAAACCACAGUUGAUUACGCCGACCAUGGUUUGA